AGUGGUUGCUGAUCCGCCUGGCCCGAUGCAGCAUCUGAUUCGAAGGCCCCUCGUAACACGGCGUGCUCUGCGAAUCGCCUUGUGGAUUUGCCAUGACGUUGCUCCUCAAGCAUCAUUGGCGCAGUUGUUUAGUGCGCAUUCUAUAAAAGUUGUCGUUUGGUAUAACAUUAGCGAGCUUGGCCAGCCCCGCCCGCUCGCGCUCUGCAAGCCAAUAGUUUUGGCGAGGCCCGCACCCCAGCCCUGCAGCCCUCCCUGUUUCCGCAAUGGCCGGCGAGGCGCGCGUUUCGACAGAGCCCAACGUAUGGGCUAUUGGAGCUUUGUCUGCGCCGCCGGGCGUCUUCGUGCCCCCCGGCGCCCCCGCCGCCGGGGUGUUGCUGAGUACAGAAGCGCCCGGCCUGUGCGCAGGCCACACGCGGAGGCCGGUGCUGCUCGCCGAGCCGCGCUUCGCUGGCCUCUUGGGCGCACCAGCAGCCAAGGACGCCAUUCCGGAGAAGGUGCACUUGCCCUCCCUGGCCGGCCGUGCAGGACCACUGCACGCACGCUCUCGUGCGCUGGCCGCAAUGAAGGUUGAAGCGCCCGUGCACCAAGCUGUCGGAAGUCACGCAGCUGGCCCUGCGGAAGAAACUGCCGCAGUCAGCGAGCAGAGUUCCGCAGACCCGGAGGACGACGCCAGCUCUGCCGCCGCACGCCCCACUGGCCAGCCGCCGGCAGCCGCAGUGGCGCCCCCGCCAGGCCUGGGCGAGCUCGCGCUGCCGUCGGUGGGCUCCCAGGGCCAUGCGCUGGGCAUCUGCAAGCCGUGCGCGUUCUUCUUCAAGGAUGCGUGCGAGAGCGGCUACGAAUGCAAGUUCUGCCACCUAUGCCCUCCGGGUGUCAAGAAGCUGCGGAAGAGAGAGUGGAAGCAGCAGCGCAGGACCAUGCGCUCGGGAGUGCCGGGCUUCCCUGCCGCCUGCGCCCUGUGUGGGCAGGGCCUUGCGUGCGCGUGCGGUGCGGGGCAGUGGCCCGAGACGUCCGGCUGAGUACAGUGACCGUGCGGCCUGGCCUUGUGCAGAAGGCCGGGGCGCACCUGUCAUCCUCGGCUGCGUGCCCCGCCCGCCCCGUCGGCGCACCCCUCCGUGGCCCUCGCCGCCUGCCUCCGGGGCUGCAGCGCCUGCCGCGGAUGCUGCAGUUGCGGCGCCUCUGCCUCUGCGGGAGGUGUUCGUGCGUGUCUGGAGAUACUGUGCGCCAGGCGUGCAGCUGUCCCAGGGCUCCCUCAUCCAGUGCCCGCCCCCGUCCACCGUUGCUGCCUGCAGCGCGGGCGGCCCAGAAAGCCGCCGCCGUGCAGCUGCAUCCCCGCCUCCCCCGUGCGGCCCCUCUCCGUUUGCAUCUCUCGUCCCCGCCCAGACUGCGCGCCCAGCCGUCGGCGGCCUGGCCACGGGGCCGUUUUUUUGUUGCCGCAGGGGCGGCGCGCGCCGCGGCCCCGCGCGGCACCACCCCGAAGCGGGUGGCGUGCACGUCGCCGCAUCGUCCAGCGAGCUGCGGCUCAGGGUCCAGUGCCCUUGGGUCUUGCCUGCCUCCUCCCUUCUCGUUUGCUUCCGUUCGA